AUGGCGUCAAAACCGCAGCAUAAAGACAGAGUAUGGCAAGUAGCCGUACAUCCAAGACUUCCAUUAGUAGCAAGCUGCUCUGGAGACAAAACGGUGAACGUAUAUCGGGGCCCUGACCUCGAAUUGGUCAAAGAUUUAACCGAGGCUCACACCCGGAGUGUUCGAUCGGUGUCUUGGAAGGCUAUCGGAGCGCCCACGCUUGCCGCGGGCUCAUUUGAUGCUCAGGUGAGUAUUUGGACAAAUGAACCCCCCACUUGGGAAUUUAUGGCUAUGCUCGAGGGUCACGAAAACGAAGUAAAGGGGGUAGCCUGGUCCCACGACGGCGCAUUUCUUGCAACUUGUUCGCGAGAUAAAUCUGUAUGGAUUUGGGAAGUUGAUGAAUCUAAUGAGGAUUUUGAUUGUGUUGCUGUACUGCAAGACCACACACAGGACGUUAAACAUGUUGUAUGGCAUCCCAGUGAACUGCUGUUGGCGUCGACUUCUUAUGACAAUGAAAUACGACUCUGGAAGUUAGAUGAUGACGAGUGGAUCUGCGUCUCGGACCUCAAGGGCCAUGAGUCUACUGUCUGGGGUGCAGCUUUUGAGCCCGCACCUCCGCAGCCAGAGCAGGACACUGGUGAGGUUCCGCACGCCCGUCUUGCAAGCUGUUCUGAUGAUAUGACGGUCAGAGUAUGGACUCGCAAGGGCCGAACGGGUGGCACUCAACCGGGUCAAUUGCCUUCGGUUGCCCGCUGGGACAUCCUAGCCGAGGAAUGGGAGCAAGAAUGUGUUCUGCCAACUGUGCACACUGACACAAUCUACGCUGUUGAUUGGAGCCAGCACGGAAUUGCUAGCGUCGGGGCAGACGGGCGUUUGGCUAUUUAUACCUUUGAAAAUAAUAAGUGGACAGUUUCAAAGAUCGUUCAAAACGCUCAUGGUGUAUACGAAAUUAAUACCUUUUGA